GAGAGAGAGAGAGAGAGAGAGAGAGAGUUUGAAUUAGUCAAUGGGUCAAAGACUUUACAGUUCUUGUGGGUCUAUCAGGUAAGUGUCUAAGAAACUCCUUCUAUGGGGUUGUCUUUGGCCCAACUUUCCAUUUCAAUGAACAAAUCGUAGCAGCACUUGGCUCCGUUCUUUAAGUCUGCUCCUGUGCAAGUCUUCUAUUAACAAUUUUCCGAGUCAACUGGCGUGUUUACCAGAGAAACAAUCUAUGGUGGUUGACAAUCACUAAAAAUAUCUCUGUAUUUUUGGUAAGAGCAUUUCUGUCCUCUAUGCUAUGGUGGUUUGUUUUCGUUUGCUGAAUUGGGUAUUUCGAAUGGGUUUUCCUUCCAUUUUUUCUUUCUUUGUUGUCUCCCAUUUACUGAUUGUUCACUCUACUGGGCAAGACGACAACCAACAUGGUUGUCCACAGUCCUUCAACUGUGGAAAACUUGGGCCUAUCAAAUUCCCUUUCUCCAACGACACAUAUCCCCGAUGUGGGUUGUGUACUGUCAAUUGUAGCGAAUUAGUACCAAAACUCCAUUACUGGUGGAUAGAAGAACGGUAUGAAGUUAAGGAAUUCUUGAAUGAUGAAGCUGUAAAUGUUAGAGACAAACUCAUAAGCUCUAAUAGUUGCGACAUUUUCAGUACCUUGCUUCUUCCCCAUCCUACUCCUUCUAUUUCCUAUACAAUCUCUCCCAACCUCACCUUGUUCAAAUGCCCUACAUACAGCAACAGUAGUAAACCUCAACUGCAGACAGAAGUUUACAAUUUCAGCAACUGCCCGGGCUACACUGUCUACUAUACAGAUCCUAAUCAACAUACUCCUACUCCUGCCAAUCUUUCAUCUGACUGUGUAGCUAUUCAACUACCAAUGCUACCAUCAAUCCGGAAUCGAAGUGUCAGUGAUCUAUUUUCACUAUGGGCUUAUGAAUUCACUAUUGGGUUGCAUGUGUCAAAGGAAUGUACCGAGUGUCGCCAUAAUGGAGGCCAAUGUCGUGGCCUCGUAGAGUUCCUUUGCAUAAAGGAUGAAGGAAGUCACUUGAAAGUGAUUCUAGCAACAGUCAUACCUGGAGUUAUCCUUCUGCUUGGCUUGCUUGCUAUCCGGUAUCGCAAGAAAUUGAAUUAUGUCUCUUCAGUCGUCCUUUCAAUCAACACGUCUUCCGAUCCCUCCUCUAAACCAGACCUUGAAGGAGGUAGUGUCUACUUUGGGGUCCCUGUCUUCUCCUACACUGAAUUAGAAGAAGCUACUAAUAACUUUGAUCCCUCUAAGGAAUUGGGAGAUGGAGGUUUUGGCACUGUAUACUAUGGAAAACUCAAAGAUGGGCGGGAAGUUGCAGUCAAGCGCCUAUACGAGCACAACUAUAAGCGAGUGACUCAGUUCAUGAAUGAAAUUGAAAUCCUCACACGUUUGCGCCAUCACAAUCUUGUCACCCUUUAUGGUUGCACCUCUCGACUGAGCCGGGAACUCCUUCUCGUCUACGAGUACAUUCCUAAUGGUACUGUUGCUGAUCAUAUACAUGGUGAUCGUGCAAAGGAUCGACCACUCGUGUGGUCUAUCCGCAUGAGCAUUGCCAUAGAAACAGCCAGUGCAUUGACUUACCUCCAUGCUUCUGACAUCAUCCACCGCGAUUAUUGUAAUGUGAACUACUUUUUGAUCUUUCCCAAGUAGUCCUGUCUUUUGAUGGAUUUGAACAGUACAGAAUGGGAUGAUAUGGAAGAACGUAUAGUUCAUAAUCCAUCAUCUGCUUUUUAUUUGGGUGUUCUGGACCAAAUUUUCCCACCCAUCCUUUGAACUAGUCCAUGCUCUCUCUCUC